CCUUAAUUAGAUGAUUCUUCCAAUCUGAAAAAAUACCAAUUCAUUGUCUUUGAAUAUUGCUUCUCUCCUUUCUGGAACCAUUUUUAAAAAUAUGUGGUACUUUGUCACGAUGUGGUGAGGACUCUCACAGCCUCACUGCUCCCCACCUCACCAGCCUCAUUUCUCAAAUGCCCUUCAGCCAUGAGUCUACUUAAAUGGCUCACAUUAGGGCUCUCUUCUAUCAAAAAAGCCUUUUUUCAGGCUCUUUCCUGAAUGGACUUGUAGAAUUACUCUGCUCCUCUUCUACCAGUUAACUGUAACUCCUCCUUCAGGAAUGCUUUGCCCACUGUUCUGAUGGCAACUGUUCCCCUCUUAGAACAUCUUGAGUUUCUUGUUUAGAGCUCCUGGAGGUAGUUGUGCUUUUUUAUUUGUUUAAGUAUCAAAUUAAUGUCAGACUUUUUCCACUAGAUUCCCUGCUCUGUGAAGGCAGUAUUUCGUUUUUUGUUUUUUAUUCUGUUGGCAUUUUAUAGGCACUCGGGCAAAGGCAAUGUAGAGACUGGCACCAGUGAGGAGCUGUGGCACAAUCAGGGACCCGGAUAGUAACUAUUCAUCCCUGAACAUCAGUCUCACUUCCCUCAGAGCAGACCAGCUUUCUCUCCUCGCUGCAGAUAUUCCAUAUCAUAAAAGGCUGAGGGUCAAGAGCCUCCUCAGAUUAAAUAGUACACAUUGCCCAUUAGCCAAGAUUGUCCCCCUUUUGCUCACAGUCUUUAGGUGUCCUCUGACUACAGUUUCUGCGGUAUCUGGCUGAGAGCUGGAGAAUAUGCUUCCAACUCUGGAUCAUUUAUGGAUAAAUCCUUGUUUCCCCAUUUGAUUCUAGAACAACUGACUUUUUAAGGGAGGCUGCCUCUCUUGCCUGUGAUUUGCCAAAGGUGAAACAGUUGAUGUGUCCUGGGCCAUACUCAGAGGGCCUGACACGCUAUUCCACUCAGUUCACCUGGUUGCCAUGUGAUCUCAGAUCUCUGAUGAGUCCAAGAGAAGUUACAGCUUUUGCAGGUGGUUGACCAGAUUGAUACCCUGACCUCUGAUCUGCAGCUGGAAGAUGAGAUGACGGACAGCUCCAAAACGGACACCCUGAAUAGUAGCUCAAGUGGCACGACGGCCUCCAGCCUAGAGAAGAUCAAAGUGCAGGCCAGCGCCCCUCUCAGUAGACCCCCAGCUCCCCCGUUCGCUAUCCUCACCGUCCUGAAGAAGCCAAACCCUCCGCCGCCGCCUCCACGGCUGACACCUGUGAAGUGCGAAGCCCCCAGAAGGGUGGUGCCCGCUGUCAAUCCUGCAAAGACCAAUGAAACCGUUCUGCGAAACGGAGGCUUGCCAGGGGUGCCAAACAAAAUCCCAAACGGCGACAUCUGCGCACCCAGCAGUAACCCGGACAAGGCUCAGGCGCCGCCACUGAUGCACAGACCUGAAAAAGACAGGUGUCCCCAGGCGGGGCCUCGGGAGCGUGUUCGGUUCAAUGAAAAAGUGCAGUACCAUGGCUAUUGUCCGGACUGUGACGCCCGGUAUAACGUAAAGAACAGCGAGGUGCAUUUACACAGCCAGCCUGUCCACCCCCCAGGAAAGCUGCCUCCCCAAGGCCCUCCCCUCCCUCCUCCACCCCAUCUCCCUCCUUUCCCACUGGAAAAUGGGGGGCUGGGAAUAAGCCACAGUAACAGCUUCCCCCCUCUCAGACCUGCAACUGUGCCUCCUCCCAUUGCACCAAAACCACAGAAGACCAUCUUGAGGAAAUCAACUACCACAACAGUGUGAUGUAUGCCAUUUAAAACACUUUUUGGUUUUUUUUUUUAAUUUCUAUAUUAUAAACAUAAAAUAAUAAGUAAUGAGCACUUUCUACUCAAGCAAUAAAAAGCCCAAAUAUAUUAUUCCUGCGUUCAGCAAAGUGGCAUAAAAAUCACUUGGUAAGUACGCAGUACGUUGUUUAUAUCCUGGGUAUGCAUUUUUUAAACCGUUGCAUUAUCCAACACCACAAAACAAUGAUAAGGUUGCCUCUCUUGUUCUUUCAAUGGACCUGUGACAAACACUGGCCUGUCCAUUUCAAAUAGUUUGAUUUGCUAUGAAAGAUGAGAUUAGACUCGAUUUAUUCAUGCCUAACUCACAUGUGCACUAUUAACAUGUCAUACAUAUUCUUGAACCUAUUGCUUUUUAAUAAGAAAUUGUAAUACUAAAGAAUUAUUAUUUUUCCUAAAGAUAUUUGCCACUACUCUGGCAUUAUUAGACACUCUUGAGGACAAUACCAAAACAUUUAUUUUCUAUACCAUGCAAUUUGAUUCUCUAUUCGGCUAUAUAUGUAAUGAGGGACUUGGUGGAAAUAUCAUAUGUCAAUAAACAAUAGUAAACAAUGGCAAAA